GUACGUCACCAACAAAAACCAAUGACAUCAGCCAUCAGACAGGACAGACACCAAGACCAUCAACAACAAGACCAAGACCAAGACUGCUGGUACCAACACAGUUUACUUUUCACACCGACAUGGAUACUUCAGCUUACAAGUUUAUAGAUUUAAAAUAAUAAACAACUGCGCUGAACAAAUAACCAAGUGAACAAAAUAUUGGAGUGAAUAAAAAGAAGUAAAAAAAAAGGAACUGUCUUAUGCGGACAAUUGACACAUCAUUUUAUUAAUCACUGAAAAUAAAUCGAGGUCACAUGUAAUUGAAUGGUUACUUCUUCUUGUUCUUCUAUUGAUAUCGAGCACUCUUGACGGUUGUUUCAUGGAGAUUAAUGAUUUUUAUUUAUCUCCUGGUAUCAAGUUCUGCUCGUUUCUGUUCGUUGGCUGUCAAAAAUUAAUUAACUUUAAAAAUACCUGCCGAAUUUAUUUGAAUUAGUUUUUGUAAGCACGUUCAUCGCAAGGUGCUCUGGAUUUAAAAAUAUAGUGCUAUCUACCCGUCAAGCGUACAAGUUAACUCUUGUAUCACUGUGAUGUUUCAAUCAGGUUUUGGCUGCAACCUCCCAUUCCCAAGUUGUCUCGGUUAUCCGCAAGACAGUGAAGAAUUGAUUCCCAAAAUGGCUAGAGAACCAAUUAUUCUUAAUGUUUACGACAUGUAUUGGAUGAAUGAGUACACAACACCUAUUGGCUUAGGAGUCUUCCAUUCGGGUGUUGAAAUUUAUGGUGUUGAGUACGCUUAUGGUGGCCAUUCACUCCCAAUAUCUGGUAUUUUUGAAAUAGCGCCGCGCGAUGCUGAUGAACUCGGUGAACAAUUUAGAUUUCGGCAAUCAGUACAUAUCGGAUACACCGAUUUUACGGAAGAAGAUGUCGCUAGAAUUGUCACUGAAUUGGGAAAAGAUUUUCGCGGUGACCGUUACCAUUUGAUGAAUAAAAACUGCAAUCAUUUUAGUGGACAAUUGACUCAGAUAUUAUGUGGACAAGAAAUUCCUGGAUGGGUUAAUCGCUUAGCAUACUUCAGCUCAUGUGUUCCAUUUCUCCAACGUUGUCUGCCUAAAGAAUGGCUGACACCAGAUGCUUUAACUCAUUCACUGAGUCAUGUAAAUCAUCGCGAGAGUACACCACCCUCCGAGACUUCAUUGUAACAUUUGGUGUCUGAUGAUGGCAGCGAGUGUAAUAUUUUGAAAUGCCGCAAGAGUCGUACGUUUUAGAUUAUUAUUAAUAAAAUAAUAAAUACCAAGCCAAGUAGCGUAUCACCUGGAUUAUUUCAAGAUGCACUUGCCAUCAUCGGAGCGAACCGUAUCAUGUUCGGAUAGCAAAAUUUUUUUUUUAUUUUUGUUUUUCAGCGAGUAAGUAAAUUAACGAAACUAAAAAGUAAUAAUAAUGAUAAUGAUAAUGAUAAUGAUAAUGAAUAAUGAAAAUAAUGCCUUCCUUGCAACGUUGUAUUUUUAAAAUCAUCCAGCGUAAACGUAAGCGAUAAUUACUUGUUAAACAGUCGGAGUUUAAUAGUUGAUUAACGAAGUAAUAAUAAAUAAAAUAAU